GAUUAAAUUUAAAGAUAGAGAAGCCGUACAGAUCGGAGAACGUGCGCGCGCACUUGAACAGAUCCCUCCUCCACGCCGGUCAUGUCAUAUGUUCAAUGUUUACAAGACGUCCAGUUGGCAGUCCUGCAGUCGGUCUCCGGAGCGCGAGGGGGAAAGAUCGACCGUCCGUCCUGCAACCCUUUUGCUCCCUGGCUUUUGCGUGUGGUGAGGGACAAGGGGGUUGCUGAUGGCUUUGACACACUGGGGAUUUUCUUAAAAUGUACCUACAGUAGCUGUUUUCGGUGGCUUGCGACUUACAGAAUACGUUCGAUCAAAUCCCGUACUUAAAUGUGAUGUUGCGUCGUAUUUAACACUUGCGUCGACGAAAUAUAGCCGUUGAAAAUUUGACUUGCUGUCGUUGCUCUUGCAUCUUGAGACCGAGAUUCCAAAACGUAUUCGCUUGAAGAAAGAUCCAGGCGAGUUUCCGGCGCGACAAGUUGAACAUUCGUGGCGGUGACGCGAGCGAGAGACCGCCAUCCCAGCGUAUUUACGUUAAGGGACACAAAGGGCGAGAACGUAAUGGUUUACGCCGUUGUGCAUCCACGUGACUCGUUCAUUGUACAAGCUGGGAUUGUCGCUGCCGGUCAUUCCACGUGAGGACGGAGCUCCGAGACCGACGACCGACGAGGGGACAGGGACGACGAAGGGCACGGCCGACCCUUGGACGCUGCAACACCCGGGCGAUAACCACACGCGAUAAAACGGAAGGAACAGGAGAGGGAAGGAGACGGAAGCGAGGUAGCGAGGAUCAGCUCCCCUUCGGCAGUAGGAGGUGUGAAGCUGGAAAGCGAAGAAGCGCGGGCGGGUGGUGGGCGACACGGCAGAUGCGGCGGGCGUGAGGGCGGCGGAGGAGCGCCAUGGGACAGACGUACUCGGCCAUGCGGGGCUCGCAGUCGGCGGUGCUGGGCGAGGUGGUGGUGGGCCUCGAGGCGCUGGCCAUGCUCGAGUCCCCCGAGGAACACAGCUCGACCGUCAUGCGAAUGGCCAGCCCCCAGAUCCCGCUCCACAAGGGCCAGCUCACUCCCUCGGCCAAGGGCGGCAGCGGCAGGGUCAGGCGGGCGCUGGGGAUAACGGAGGAGGAAGAUGAGGACGAAGACGAAGCGGGGGAGAAAGAAGGACCUUUUUCUUCACCUGUGCCGAGUCUCAGGAGGACCCAGCAGAAACGGCGUGUGGAAAUCCCAGACCAGUUAGCAGACGUGGUCUACUCCGUCCUCCACCUCCGCCUGCCUCCUGAAGGCCCACUCCAACUUGCCUCCUCCCCUCUCCUCCUCCUCCUCCUCCUCCUCCUCCUCCCUUCCCUCCUCCUCCUCCUCCUCCUCCUCCUCCCUCCUCCUCCUCCUCCGAGACGCAGGCGACGAAGGAGGCUGCCAGCGUGUGCAGAGAAGCCCAAAGGAAGGUCCUGAGAGAAGCCUUCGAAGUCGACGAGCAGACGCUGACGGAGGUGGAGAAUGAGGUCUUGGUCAGAGAGGCUCCUAAAAUGACUCUUUACAUCGACGUCUUUGAAGCUAAGGACCUGAAAUCCAAGACGAAAGGUAGAG